AUGGCCAUGGCGGUGGUGGGGCAGAGAACUAGUUCAAGGCAUGUUAUGGCUUUUCACAACUCAUCCUCAAGCCCUAGUGUCACCAACAGUCAGCAUGUUGGACUUUUAGCAAUUCCUAUGUCUGGAUCAAUUAUUAGUCCUGUCACCUGUGCCUCAGAAACUCCAGACCGCCCGAUCGGAUAUGGUGCAUUCGGCGUUGUAUGGGCCGUGACCGACCCCAGAGACGGCAAACGUGUGGCGCUGAAGAAGAUGUCCAAUGUUUUCCAGAACGUCGUGUCUGCCAUCCGUGUGUACCGCGAGCUGCGCAUGCUCUGUCACUUCAGGCACGAGAACGUUCUCUCAGCGUUGGAUAUACUGCAGCCCGGAGCCAUGGAUUUCCUGCACGAAAU